AUAUAUAUCCGUUUCUCUCUCUGUACAGUUCGAUUUUCAAACGGAGAGAAGCAUGGAGCUCCAAAACACAGUGAAAGAAGCCCUAAACGCACUGUACCAUCAUCCAGAUGAUACGGUGCGUAUGCAAGCCGAUCGAUGGUUGCAAGAUUUUCAAGGCACCAUCGAUGCUUGGCAGGUUGCUGAUAAUUUGCUUCAUGAUGCCACCAGCAAUCUAGAAACGUUAAUAUUUUGUUCUCAGACGCUUAGAAGUAAGGUACAACGGGAUAUUGAAGAGUUACCUUCUUCUGAAGCUGUUCGUGCGCUACAGGAUUCCUUAAAUACCUUAUUGAAAAAGUUCCAUAAAGGCCCCCCUAAAGUCAGGACUCAGAUAAGCAUUGCGGUAGCUGCCUUGGCUGUCCAUGUUCCUGCAGAAGAUUGGGGAGGUGGUGGUAUCGUUAGUUGGCUUCAGGAUGAGAUGAAUUCUCACCCUGAAUACGUACCUGGAUUUUUGGAGCUACUUACAGUAUUGCCUGAGGAAGUAUACAACUACAAGAUAGCAGCUCGUCCAGAAAGACGUCGCCGGUUUGAAAAGGAGUUGACUUCUCAGAUGGAGGUUGCUCUUAGCAUAUUGACAGCUUGUUUGCAGAUUAAUGAACUGAAGGAAAAGGUUCUCGAGGCAUUUGCAUCUUGGCUUUGAUUAAAGCAUAGGAUUCAUGGUUCUGUGCUUGCCUCUCAUCCACUGGUGCUUACAGCUCUCUCAAGCUUGCAUUCUGAGAUACUUUCUGAGGCAUCUGUAAAUGUCAUCUCUGAACUGAUACACUACUCAGCAGCUGGAAGUUCUGGUGGUGCUGCUGUAAACAUGCCCUUAAUUCAAGUAAUUGUGCCUCAAAUUAUGAAUUUAAAGGCACAGCUUACGGAUUCAUCAAAGGAUGAGGAAGAUGUGAAGGCUAUUGCUCGAUUAUUUGCUGACAUGGGUGAUUCAUAUGUUGAACUGAUUGCAGCUGGUUCUGAUGAAUCAAUGGUGAUAGUGCAUGCCCUGUUGGAAGUUGCUUCACACCCAGAAUUUGAUAUUGCUUCAAUGACUUUUAAUUUUUGGCACAGUCUUCAGCUUAUCUUGACAAAAAGGGAUUCUCAUAUCUCAUUUGGUAAUGAAGCAUCUGCUGAAGCCGAAAGAAAUAGAAGGUUGCUGGUUUUUCGUUCAGCCUAUGAGUCCCUUGUGUCCUUGGUUAGCUUCCGAGUUCAAUACCCUCGAGAUUAUCAAGACCUUUCAUUAGAGGACCUCAAGGAGUUUAAACAGACUAGAUAUGCUGUUGCGGAUGUCCUAAUCGAUGCAGCAUCAGUUUUAGGUGGUGAUGCAACGUUGAAAAUUCUUUACACGAAGCUUGUUGAGGGUGUGGCUUGUUGUGGAAAUGAACAUAGUGAGUGGCGUCCAGCAGAGGCUGCUUUAUUUUGCAUCCGGGCUAUAUCCAAUUAUGUUUCAGUCAUUGAAGCUGAAGUGAUGCCCCAGGUUAUGACUUUGCUUCCAAAACUUCCUCAACAACCCCAACUGCUUCAGACUGUUUGCUUAACCGUUGGAGCAUAUUCAAAAUGGCUUGAUGCUGCAUCAAGCGAUCCAUCUAUAUUGGCUUCAGUCCUUGGUAUGCUCACAAGUGGCAUGGGUGUAUCAGAAGAUUCAGCUGCGGCUGCAGCUUUGGCAUUUAGACACAUCUGUGAUGAUUGCCGGAAAAAGCUUUGUGGAUACUUGGAUGGUCUCUAUAAUGUGUAUCGAACAGCAGUUAAUGGGGAAGGUUGUUUAAAAGUUUCUGCUGAGGACUCAUUGCAUUUGGUUGAAGCCUUGAGCAUGGUUAUUACAGAACUUCCCCAAGAUGAUGCUAAGAAGGCUCUGGAGAUGUUGUGCUUGCCAGUGGUUACUCCCUUACAGGAAGUUAUCAAUCAAGGACCAGAAGUAUUGCAUAAGAAACAUCCUCGUGACUUAACUGUUCAUAUUGAUCGAUUUGCCUACAUCUUCAGGCAUGUAAAUCAUCCUGAAGCUGUGGCAGAUGCAAUACAAAGGCUUUGGCCCAUAUUCAAAGCUAUAUUUGAUAUUCGUGCUUGGGAUAUGCGUACGAUGGAGUCUCUUUGUCGAGCUUGCAAAUAUGCUGUGAGAACUUCCAAAAGGUAUAUGGGAAUCACAAUCGGAGCCAUUCUAGAGGAGAUUCAAGGUUUAUAUCAACAACACCAACAGCCAUGUUUCCUUUAUCUCUCUAGUGAAGUAAUAAAGAUAUUUGGUUCUGACCCAUCUUGUGCUAGCUACUUACAAAAUUUGAUUGAAGCUCUUUUCAAGCGCACGACAUGUCUUCUCACAAGUAUUGACGAGUUUACUUCAAGGCCUGACGUUGCAGAUGAUUGUUUUUUGUUGGCAUCGAGGUGCAUUCGCUAUUGUUCUCAGCUAUUUAUCCCCUCUCCUGUAUUUCCAUCAUUAGUAGAUUGUGCUAUGAUGGGAAUUACAGUACAGCACAGGGAGGCCUCCAAUUCCAUAUUGACCUUCCUAUCUGAUAUCUUUGAUCUUGUGAAGUCUUGUAAGGGAGAAGAAUAUUUAUCUUUGAGGGAUAGUGUCAUUAUUCCUCGAGGUGCCAGCAUUACCAGAAUAUUGAUUGCCUCAUUGACAGGAGCCCUCCCAAGUUCUCGGCUAGAGACGGUAACUUAUGCACUACUGGCCUUAACUCGAGCAUAUCGUGUCCAAGCAUUGGAGUGGGCCAAAGAGAGUGUUUCGUUGAUCCCAUUGACAGCUGUUGCAGAGGUGGAACGGACAAGAUUUUUGCAAGCAUUAUCAGAUGCAGCAUCGGGAGCUGAUGUCAAUGCCCUGAUGGGUCCAAUUGAAGAGCUGUCUGAUGUUUGCCGUCGUAAUCGAACAGUUCAAGAGAUUGUUAAAGGAGCUUUGAAGCCACAUGAAUUAAAUAUGGUGCCUGUAUCAUAGUGGAAAGUAAAAAAAAAGGGGCUGUUUUGCUGAGGUCCCGAUUGUCGGUUAUAUGAAUUACUUGAUUGUGUAUUAGUUAUAUUUUUUUCAUCAUUGUGUAUCCAUUAUCAUUCUCCAAUUUUUUCUGAGGAGAAUCUGGCGUUUAUAUUGGGUGGGCGAGAAUAGGUUGCCAUUGUAUCUUCAUUGACUGAGUGGUUCCAAUUGUUUUGGCUUCAAUUUUUUUUUAGGGUAAAGUUUCGGGUAUAGAUUUGUAAUUUUCGUUGGUAAUGGAAAAGGUAUUUUUUCUUUCA